AAAUUAACGAAAGGAGAAAUUCACCCAUGGCCCCUCUUCCCUUUCUUCUACUUCACUCUCUCUCUCUCCUCAUUUAUUUCCUGUAGAUACAAUACUACAAUACAAUACAAUACAAUACAAGGAGCGAAGAAGAACAAAUAGGAACAAAGCAUUCCUCUUCAAAAAUGGCUUCCUAUUGCUAAACAGCAUCACCACACAACUCGGAACACUGUUUUCGCAUUACUGCCCCAAAAUCUAUGGGUUCAUGCGUUUCACUUCACAAGGACUCACAGAAGCUCCGUUUAUCACUCGAUUCCAAAAAUCAGAAUCUCAUCAUACCAUCCCCGGUCAAACAGAAAUCCUUCACGGUCAACGGCCAGGAUCAUUCCGCCGCCGACUUGGCCGUCAUGUCUCGCCGCUCUCGUACCCGUUCCCGCGCCGAUGGCAGCAAAGAUGAUGCAUUCUUCGACUCCCAGCCUUGGUUGGAGUCGGAUUGUGAAGAUGAUUUCUUAAGCGUGAAUGAUUUCACCCCAUCUCGUGGAAGCACUCCUGUCCACCACAGAUUCUCUUCUGGGAAUCCCAUGGUCAAUAAGCCCCCACCGGUGCCUGAACCAUCUCCGAAGAAGAGGCUCUCGGAGCUCUUCAAAGAGAGCUUACGCCAUCAGCAAGGGGGAGACAAGGAGGAGGACGCCAGCGAGGAGAGCGUGGUUGUUGAAAAUGGAGCAAGCGGUGAAAAAAGUGGCUAUGGAGCGGAGGAGAAGUCAGUACAAUGUUGCCUUCCCAGGCUGCGAUCAAGACGAACGUUCGCGACAGCACAGGUUGAGAAAGUUUAGGCACCAUGUACAUGGUGAGAAUCAUAUAUGUUAAUGAGAUACAGUUCGCUCAUAGGCUUAUAGCAAUGUGGAUGAACAAUCAAAGUGCAUAUUUGCCAAUCCUAGUAGCUAAAUUUUGUGCUAAGCACCAUAUUAAGCUCGAGAGAAUAUAUAUAUAUAUAUAUAUAUAUUGUGUAUACCGAAUUUAUGUUUCAAGAUUAUUUGGUUAUUGGCAUAACCCGGACGAUUAUACAUA